UUGAGAGUGAGGGAAGGGAGAGGAGAGUUUGAAGCAACGCCGCCAUCCUGCAGCAGCUGGGAGUGAGCCCGGGCGGUAUCCUAGCAACAGCGGAGUCAGGGCAGCCGCCGCCGGCCGGCCAGCCAGCCCUCCCCAUCAAACGUAAACACGGGGCUCGUCGGCCAGGAUAGAAAACAAAUGGCAUGAAAAUCUGAUGACAUGUUACUAUUACCCCGGCGUUCGAUGUGCAGUUGGUCCAAGCUUGGCCGGAGUCGCAGCGGGUCGCUGGUGAUGGUUGGCGGUGGUCGGGCCGCGUCUGGCAGUGCGCCACCGUGACGGGGCUCACCCGAAAACGGACCCCGGAACCCGGGAGCUGGACCCCGGACCCCGGAGACCCCCCGCCCGCCACCCGCCACCCCCCGAGCAAGAGGCAGCCUGCUCGCCCUCCAUUUUGAAGAGCCACACACAGCCUUGGAUAUAGCUGUUAAGUGGAUUUAUCAUGAUAGCAACAGGAGGGAUUCUUCGAAUUGCAGCCAGGAGACAGGAUUCCUCUCGAUCCUCUAAUCGUAUUAAUAAAAGAAAAAAGAAGGUAAAAAAGAAAUGCAAAAAUGAUGUGGUGGUGGUCAAAGGCAAAUUAAAGCUGUUUUCUGUUUCGGGAUUAAUUGCUGCAUUUGGGAUCCUGGUUCUGUUGGUUGGGAUUGCAAUGGCAAUGAUGGGCUACUGGCCAAUGGAAAGUGACAUUUUUAAGACGAUCACAGUACAAUCUUACAAUACUACUAACAGCACAAAGUUGGAGACAACAACAUUGGAGGUUAUUUCUAAAUUUUUAGCAAGCUACUUGCAUUCUGAAAAACUGAAGGUUUUAGGACCCCUAAUAAUGGGAAUUGGAAUAUUUUUGUUUAUCUGUGCCAACGCAGUUCUUCAUGAAAACAGAGACAAGAAGACUAAGGUCAUUAAUCUACGAGACAUCUAUUCUACAGUUAUAGAUGCACACAAUUUGAGGACAAAGGAUUCUGGCCCAUUUAAUGGUUUUGUCAACUAUGUGCAGACCAAAAGCAUGGAUAAUCUCAAGUCUCCUGAUUCCUUUUGUGCAGCAAUACUAGCCAAAAGUACCUGGCAGACACCCAGUGGCAAUACUGUGAAGGCAACGGAUCCAAAAGAAAAUGCAGUUAAAAAGCACUGCGAUUCUGGAAUAAACUUGCAGCAACAAAUCUCCAAAGAAAGAAAGACAUUAUCAGAUACUGUGUACAGUAUUUGCAGAGACAGAAUCAGGAUGAAUGACAGGACCCAAAUGCCUAAAAUGUGUGGCACUAAGUCAAUUGUCCCUUCCUCCAUUAAUGCAUUCACACUGCCUGUCAUCAAACUGAACAACUGUGUUCUAGAAGAGGGUUAUGCAAGAAGUGGAAAAAAUGGGAACAAACACAACCUUCAGAAAAAUGUAAUGAAACUUUGCAAGAAUUUGGAGAACGAUGCCUCUGAACAGAUUGGAACAACCAAAUGCAUUUCGGCAGCUGUAAUCAUAAGCAGUGAUCGCCUUGAAGGUAAUGUUCAGGACACAGAGACUUCGAAUACCUCAUGGUUAAAUAAUAACCAAUUAAUGUCUGACAAAAACUCUCACAAUUCCUCUUCCAAAGUGAGACAGGUUUCUCCUGCUCCCUUUCAGAGAGAAUUUGGAUCCAAUAUUUCCCUCCACAGUUUGCCAUCUCACCCUGAACUUCUGAAUCAUGAUGACUAUCCUUCUCCAUCCACAUUGCCGAGUGAAGAGAUAGAUCCAAGUUGCGCAGAUUUAGAUUACGCCAAUAGUAAGGGCUACGCAAUAUUAGGUGAAAGCGGUUCUUUUACGUCUGCUCACUUACUACCAGAAGCCAUAAACCAAUCCAAUGAUUGUACAGAGUGUCCUAAUAAAGACAACACUGAAGAAAACAUAAAAUCAAGUAAUGAACCAAGUGUGGACAAACCUCAGCAAUGUGUGCAAAGAGAGUACACAAAGAAAGAGAAAUUGCUCAUGAUUUCUGGUUCACAUUGUACCCUAAAAAUAAACAACGAUGAAUUUGAUAAUAUUUAGUAAUAAUAUAUUCAUGAAUUGUUGGAUUCAGAUAUAGAAGAUACAAUGAAAUUGGUAGCAGAUGAAGUGAGAGAAUGUCACUUACAUGUAGUUAUUGAUUACUGAAUGUCAGUCAAGUUCCAAAGACUCAUAGUUUAUUGUUCUGGAGCUAACUAUCCAGUUUCUUUAGUUGCUUCCAAUUGUAAAUGCCUCAACCAUUAGUUGGCAAUUUUUCAUCUCAGUUAAGCACAUCAUAGGAGUUUUCAAUAUAUUUAAUUAUUUGUAAACCGUUUAUGUACAUUGAAAAUUCUGCCAUACUUGGUUUAUGUAUUUACAGUUUUGAACCAUCAGGAUAAACAGAUUAACUUGUACUGAAUCAAUAUUCUGAUAUAUUAAAGGAUUUACAGAGACUCUUUGUACAAGCAUGUAAUGCACUAAACUCCGUAAAUGUUGUAUUGAAACUUCUUCAGUGUAUCAUUUCAAGGUUACAGCUAAGAAACAAUGCACUUUUGUAGUAAUUAAGAGAUCUAGUUAGCUAAUAGUUCUUAUUUCUGUAAACUUGAAUUCUGUACAAGGCCUUGUUUCAAGAUUCUUUAAAGCUGUAACCUGUCA